AUGUUCUCUUCCACAUAUGACUCCAACUUUUUCCCUAACUUCCCUUUGUCUACUUACCCAAUCCUUCCUUUUCUCAUUGAAUCUGAAAAUGAUUUUGCAAGCCACACUCUUCUUGUUGAGGACCCUCUUGUUGUUCCCCUCACACAUGAUCCUCCUCCAUUCCCUGAAGAAACCGUUGCCAAUUUUGCAGUUGCUGAUCAUCACUGCACUGCCAUGCUUGAUAAUCAACACGAUGCAGCAGCAAACACUAACUAUGGUUCCCACUAUGGUAGCAGCAUUUCCAAUUUCCUCACCCAUCAGAAACCUGCAGCAGCCACAGCCAAAAAAGACAGGCACAGUAAGAUUCACACAUCUCAGGGUUUGAGGGACCGGAGGGUGAGAUUAUCAAGCGAAAUAGCCCGGAAGUUCUUUGAUCUUCAGGACAUGUUAGAGUUUGACAAACCAAGUAACACCCUCGAGUGGCUCUUCACAAAGUCUGAGAAUGCAAUCAAAGAACUAGCCCGAAGUAAGCAUAGCGGUAGUGUUAGUACUGGGGGUGACAAGUCUUCACGCGACCCUUCUGGGGAUUCAAAUAACAACUUCAACAACAACAAAUCAAUGGUGGGUGGUGGUGUUGGUGAUGGUUCUAAAGGGAGGAAGCUGAAAUGGGCACAGAGGGAUGAUGCUUGUAUUCAGAACAAAAAAGAGUCAAGGGAAAGGGCAAGGGCAAGGGCAAGAGAAAGGACUUGUUUCAAGAAGUGUAGCAGUAUAAGGGUGCAGCAGCAGAAGGACUUUGAUGAAAGGUGCCCUGCAACAACAAACACUACUCAAAUGCUGCACCAAUUGUGGUCUUCCAUUCAGCCUGAACCUGAAGAACCUCGUGCAAGAUGGGUUCAGCCUUAUUAUAACCCUUAUUUCGUUGAUGAUAAUGAAGCUCCAAGAGAUCAUGGCUUUAACGUCAUUGAAGAAUCUAUUAUGAUAAAAAGGAACAUGAAGCCGUUAUCUCAACCAAACCUUGUGAUCCCUAGGGAAGCAAGUUUCAACAACAAUGAGUUCCCCCUAUUACCCUAUUCCACUACUCCAAACUGGGAGAGUACUAAUGGGGCCGUUAACUAUUGUGGAAUAAGCACCAUGAAUCUAUCUACGUGUUUCAUGAACCCGUGAUUUGUAGAGCUACAUUCAAAAUCUUUGGAAAAUUCUUGGGACCAGUGCAUCAAUCAGAGUCGACACUAAAAUGUGCUAGUUUUCGGUAAAAUCUGAUCAGAACGAAAUUCUCAAGUGUGCUUUGCGUUGUAAUCAUCAUCUCUCAUAGUUCUGUGUUUCUUCUCUCUAUCAUAAACUUUUUU